AUGCCGAUAUUUAAUAAACUCAAGAGGAUUUACUCGGCUAGAGGUGGCAUCUCGCUGAUCGCAAGCGGGUUACAUAGAGGGAAAUCGCUGAACAACUCUCUCCAAAUGCUUAGCAUCUUUCAUCUGAAACUAGCCUUUUGGCUGGCCACAGUGCUCGGAGUCGGAUAUUUUGUGUACAUCAAAAGAGAUCAAUUAGCCUUUGAAUGUCGAGAGAUCAAAACGAGGAUAGGUAAGCUGUUCGGGCGUAGAAUUGCUUUAAACGAUUCGUUCGCAGAAGAUGUAGAAAGUGGGUUUCAUUCACAGAACUUUGAUAUUCGUUCUGAGAACGGUGAAGAUUCAAGGUCGGGCCUAGAUAACGCAGCCAAGGCCGAGAUUAGACGCAUAAUGAAUAAUGAAAAUCUAACAUUUGACAAGGCGAGAUUGCGAUACACAGAGCGCCAGUUUGGUAAAAAUUUGAUUGCACCCGACGGAACACCAUUAGACCCCAAAGCGGUCACAUUUUCAAAGUAG